GAAGAUUAGGGCGAAUAGGGUUAAUGCCGGAAAGCAGGUCAGCAUUGAUGUGACUGUUGUAGAUCGCUGUGAGUCUUCUAUUCUUGGCCCAAUUCGAUUCCCCAUCCGCAGCUACGGAUGCUAAUUCAUUUCAGGUACCGGCUGCGAACCUCGAGACAUCGAUGUGAGUCCAGCUAUGUUCAGAAAGAUGGCAGAUCCCGACCUAGGCAGAGUGCCUGUGACAUGGGCCUGGCUAUGAGCAAUACAAUCAUUCCCGUCCUUAUUCGCGCAGUCAUUCGCACCAGUCGUUCCGUGACGCAUCCCCUAUGAGUAUGCUAUCAUGAAUUGUCAUCUUGGUGUCCGUUGGCAUGCCCUUAUUCCUACGCCUCUCCUACGUCUCUUGCCUUGACGCUAUCUCGCUAUCUUUCCUUGCUUUGGGCUACGCCUGCAAGUUUUCUACGCUGCAGGAUUACGAAGUCGAAACUUAUACCAAGAAGUUUAUCUAUGCACUGUUCAUGUCCUUCUUCCGAAGCAAAACAACCCAAGAACCGCCGAGCGUGAGGAACUUACCCAUAGGAAAUCCACAGCCGAUCAGAGAUCCAUCCGCUGCCGAAGCAACACCCGUUUCGCAACCCUCAAACGCUUCUCCACUAGAGGAUAAGGAUUUCCUCCCACAACCGUUGCAAAUCGGUCGCUCGGCCACUGGAGGCUCCACAAGAAGCCGCGACCCCUACAGAUACAGCAUACAGAGUGGCGGCAAAACUGGUGCAGCUAUCACUUCUCUUGCGGAAAUAUCACCAUUCUUUGCGAAAGCAUCACCCUCAUUACGGCCAUUGCAACAGCGGGGCGAACUUAAUAGAACACCAUCCCUCGACACUAAACGCUGCUCUGUCGGUCCGGAUAACGCACUUCGCUCGAAUCCUUCGUCCCCACCAUCUUCACAGCCUUCUGGUUCGAACAGGCCAUUCGAGACACCUACUCUUCCUCCGCCUGUACAUACUACGAGAACUGCCCCUCCGUACCCGAUUUCAGGAUACUACGAGGACAUCCCUUUGGAAACAGAAGGCUCUCGGAACGGCGAAGACUGGCCGAAGUAUUGCUCACGCGAAAUUUCAAACCCAUCCCUUGUCGAGGACUUUUUCGCAAAAGAAUAUACCGCACCGAACCUUAGGGAAUCUCGGACGCCUGCCCAGGGACAUUACAAGCAUACCGCGUCAUCAAUAUACGCUCGGCACAACUAUCGGAAUCCCAUCAGCACUUGGCAAGGCGACCCCAGCACCAGAAGCAACUCGAUGCCGAGCAGUACGAGUCGCAAAAUCAUCUGUGCAUGCAAGGUCUGCCUCGUCGUAGUCCUGCUUGGCUUGGUGGUCAUAUCAUCUCUUACCUUCAAGAAGGUGCUGAACCUCGAUGCUAAAUUCGACUUAGCGAUACCUUCGAACAUUACGGCGGAUUCGACACUUAGCCCUGUCCAGAUGACCACGUCUUCGAUGACUGGGAUGCAUGCCUCAGCAACGAUGACUGGGACUCCUCUGACGAUGACGGAGACCGCUGUGACUCGUAGCUUGGAUAGAAGUGAAAGAACUGGACCACCGACUUCUGCAAAUUCCAAUUACCCACAUUUCGCAAAACCCUCAGCAGGCUUUACCGGAACACUAUCCCUUCCAGGCGCUUUGUCUACUACUCCACCCGAGACGAUCAUUGAUAUAUCUGACGCGGAAGGAGAGGAUACGGAUCCGUAUACUAUCGAGGUGGUUGCUCCCAGAAACUAUCCCAAUACUGAGUCUCUUGCUCUUACUACCGACAUAUACACCCCUACGAUGACCGCUUCUCCUAGCCACACAGCCAUGUCGAGUUCCACCACGGCAUUGCUCGCCUCCGUUGUCACGCUGCUGCCCGCCAUACCGCAAGUUGAAGCCGUAAGUCCCGGCAAUUCGAGAUUUGCCGACGUGCGCAAUUCGAGAGCUACUCGAAGCUGCUCCAGCAUCUGGCGGGUAUGCUGCACUAUUGGCCGCUGGUACCUGCGAAUAAGCCAAGUCUGGAUGCACAUCAACCUCCUCUACACACUAUUAUUCAUCCUUCUCUGUUUUGGCCUCGCUAUUUACGCCUUCCACAAACUUCACGAAUUCUGGGGCUGGCUGAAGGACCCCCUGGGCGCCACCAAGGCGGAGAUCAAAAACUUCUUCAACGACACCAUGGGCGAGGCCAAGGAAGUCUUCGACAAGAUUACGGGCACCGUGUCAAAAGAGACGAUGGAGUGGGUCGACAAUGCGACGGAUAAGGUGGAGAAGGAGAUGAAGGAGGGGUUGGGCGAGGUGAAGGAGCUGGUGGAGAAGAUUAAGCCCGAUCUGGGCGAGGCUCAGAAUACGGUUGAGGAUGUGGUUGAGAACCUUAAUCCUUUGAAUUGGAGAAGGAGGGUAGAGCCGUGGCCGGAGACGAUUGUGGUGAGCAGGACGGUUGCGGAAGGAUCGAGUGCUGGUCCGACGCCGACGAAGACCUCGAACGUCCCGGAAGUCUCCAUUCUUUCCCUGGCGAAGAAAGACACCGCAGCCACGAGCGCUGGUGCCCCGCAAUCGGAGAACUGGUUUCUCCGCGGCAUGAAAUUCAUCUCCAAGUCCUUGUUCAAAGGCUUCUGGAAGAGCCAAACGACGUGGAUCCUCAUGGGGCUCGCCAUCCUUUCUCUAGUCUCCCUCGCCCUCGUUGUCUUCGCUGUUUUGACCACCAGCAAGAUUCUGAAGUUCGAGGGCAAGAUCAGCGACGUCAAAGACGCGGCAAUCAACUAUGUGAAAACUCAAGUCGAGCCAGCUAUUAGUCAGAUUCAUGACGUGCUGGAGAAGGUUCCCGGCAAGCCGGAGAUUGCGGGGUGGAAGAGAGAGGAUGGGAAUGGGGAUAGGCUGGGCCAGGCGUGGAGGGCGACGACUACCACGACGGAAAGUAUAGGGGAUGUGGGGAAGGUCAAGACUGUGGCGCCUGGUCCGGGAGCGCGAGAGCUCACUGCGAUGGCGACGGAGACUGAGGAGAUGGGGGUCGCAGAGACGGGGACGCCGCCGGUGCGCAGGCAGAUGCAGCAAAAUGCUGCUCAAAGAAUAUACCCUGUGCUGCUGUCCUGGGACGGCUGGAAGAGAUGGGUGUAUAAGUUACGCAGUAGCGACGCUGAUGAAGGGGCGCUCGAGCUGAGCAUCACGUCGACAGCGAUCCCAGCCCGGCCUACUCUGACAACAACGACCUUGGACGAUAGCAAUGUCGUGGAACAUCCGAUCAGCAGAGCCAGCAUGAACGUCGCCGCGCCUAAGAUCACACGGGCCUGGGCUACAAAGCGCUAUAUGACACCUCGAGCAGACCCCUCACCCGGGUCCCAACUCGGCGUGCUCCCACCCCACCCCAAACUCACACCUCCCGCGCACUGGACCAUCCCAAUGCUCACAUACACCACGCAAGCGAACUCAGCCGCAUACACCCCCCGUACCGUCCCGACGAGCGCAAACCCGCAUCCUCCCGCAUGGACAGGCGCCCACCUCUUAAGAGACUGGCCAGACAACUACCCCUUCCCCAUCCCGCCCGGCUACGUCGCGCCCAACAUCGUCCCCAAAGCCCCGCAAGUCGGCCAUCUCACAUACUUCAACCCGGGCACGGGGGCCUGCGGCCUGCCCGACAUGGCGCCGAACGAGCUCGCCGUCGCAAUCUCCUGGGUGAUCUUCGACAUGGGGAAAGAAAUCGGGGGCUCGGUUUUGCAAAGCGGGUUCGAGGGCACUGUUAGUAACGGGCUUAUUACGGACGGCAAGAGCGUGUUUUGCAAUCGCGGCAUGAGGAUUUGGAUGGGCGAGGGCGAGGGCAGGGUCGAGCAGCGGUUUGUGGUGCGGGAUCGCUGUACCGCGUGUAAUGUCACCCAUUUGGAUGUGCAACCGGGCGUUUUUGCAAAUUAUUGGGCCGCUGAUCCGCCCGGGAGGAUUAGUGCGACGUGGGAGUGGUUGGAGGGCGCGCCUACGGGGGUUCCUUAGGCGGUUUGGUUGUAGAGUUUGGUUUUGGGCUUGGUUUUUGUGCUCUUUGUGUCUCUUCUUUUUCUCUCUGUGUUUCUUGUGUACUGGUAAUGUUUAAGUCGUGGUGCCUUGGUGUUGAGGGCACUGGAUGUGUCUGGUUGGUUGGGCUAGGAGAGACCUUGAAAGUGUGUAAUAUGUUGCGAU